GUCCAGUCCUUCUAUUUUGUUUUUGUCGAAAUGAACCAACCAAUCCUCGUCUUGAACACGAACGUGCAGCGUGAGAGUGGCCGCAAAGUGCAAGAGCAGAACAUUGCCGCAGCCAAGGCUGUCGCCGAUGUCAUCCGCACUUGCCUUGGCCCCCGUGCCAUGCUCAAGAUGCUGCUCGACCCGAUGGGCGGCAUUGUCAUGACCAACGACGGCAACGCCAUCCUGCGUGAGAUUGACGUGUCCCACCCGGCUGCCAAGUCGCUCAUUGAGAUUAGCCGAACCCAGGACGAGGAGGUUGGCGACGGCACCACGUCCGUCAUCAUCCUUGCUGGCGAGCUUCUCAACGUUGCCCUUCCUUUCCUCGAGCGGAAAACCCACCCCCAGGUCUUGAUCAACGCCUACACGACCGCGCUCGACGACAUGCUCAAGUACAUUGAAAAGACCGUUGCCGUCACGAUUGAUGUCAACAACGACGAGGACAUGCUCAAGAUCAUCCGCAGCAGUCUCGGCACCAAGUUUAUGAAGCGAUGGUCGGAUCUCGCAUGCAAAAUGGCCCUCGAUGUGGUCCGCACAGUGUCCAUCAACGAGCGAGGCAAGACUGAGAUUGAUCUCAAGCGGUAUGCCAAGGUCGAGAAGAUCCCCGGCGGCGAGAUUGAAGAAUCCUGCGUGCUCCAGGGCGUCAUGUUUGAAAAGGACGUGACCCACCCCAAGAUGCGCCGUCGCAUUGAAAACCCGCGCAUUGUGCUGCUCGACUGCCCGCUCGAGUACCGCAAGGGCGAGUCACAGACCAACAUUGAGAUUUCCAAGGAGGAGGACUUUGCAAAGAUUCUCAAGCUCGAGGAGGAGCAGGUGGAGAAGAUGUGCAUGGACAUUAUCGCCCUUAAGCCCGACCUUGUCAUUACCGAGAAGGGCGUGUCUGACCUCGCGCAACACUAUUUUGUCAAGAACAACAUCACCGCGCUGCGUCGUCUGCGCAAGUCAGAUAACAACCGUGUCGCCCGCGCUUGCGGUGCCACCAUUGUCAGCCGAACGGACGAGCUGCGCGAGAGCGACGUCGGCACUGGCUGCGGUCUCUUUGAGAUUAAGAAGAUUGGCGACGAGUACUUUACCUUCAUCACCGAGUGCAAGUCGCCCAAGGCAUGCACAAUUCUGCUUCGCGGCGCUUCCAAGGACGUUCUGUCGGAGGUUGAGCGCAACUUGCAGGACGCCAUGAACGUUGCGCGCAACGUUGCCAUCGACGCUCGCCUGGUUCCCGGUGGUGGUGCAACCGAAAUGGCACUGUCUGCUUUCCUCAACGAAAACUCAAAGUCCAUCGAGGGCGUCAAGCAGUGGCCUUACCGCGCCGUCGCCCAGGCACUCGAAAUCAUCCCCUCGACCCUCAUUCAAAACUGCGGUGGCAAUGCCAUCCGCGUCCUGACCGCCCUCCGCGCCAAGCAUGCCGUCGCCGGCAACUCGAACUUUGGCAUUGAUGGUGACCUCGGUGUUGUUGCCGAAAUGUCUCAACUCGGUGUCUGGGAUGCGUACUCUGUCAAGAUCCAGACGCUCAAGUCUGCUAUCGAGACUGCCGUGCUUUUGCUUCGCAUCGACGAUAUCGUCUCUGGCCUCAAGAAGGAGGGUGAUGAGGCUGGCAACCCCGGCGCUCAAGCAGCCGACGAGAAUGCCAUGGAAAUGUCGGCCGAGUAAAGUGCCGUGUUGAAUUUUUCAUUGCACCAGAUGGCCCAGCUUCCUGAUUCCUGGUCUUGGUUUUCGUUGCUUUUGUGACGAUAUCCACUUGACUAACUCCAAUCCGUCCGCUUGUACUUUUUUUUUUGUUUUUUGAAUCAAUAAACUCUAGACACAA